AUGGGGACAAUGGGCUCAGGUGGAGCUGUCCUCACAGGGCAGGUGGCAGCCGUCAACAUCGACUACCACAAUGGCCGCUACCACACGACUGAGUCCGAGCGGCUGAGCUCGCUGCUCUCCCUGCAGGAAAAGAAGAUCUUCGCAGUGCAGGGCCCUUACCCCGUCAUCCGCCGGCUGCUGCGUGCCCGGGGCUGGGUGGAGAGGAAGCUGCCCUGCAAUUGCAAACAGCUCAAGCAGCAGCCUGGUGACCAAAAGAAACAGCAGCUGGAGAAGAGAGCAGGUAGUGGCGGUGAUGAGCAGAGGGAGCCCCUGCAUCACCCAUGGCUGCACAAUAGGGAGAACAAGGGGGAAAGGGAAGAUGAAGACAUGAAGGAAGACAGAGAGCAGUGCAAUGAGGACUCUGAUGACAUCCAUGAGCUCAUGUCCUACCUGGUGCGGGACCAGGUGCCAAACUUCCUCUGGACCAUUCGCCUUAGCAACAUUGACCAGCAGCUGCUGACGAGGAUUGAUGUGGUGAACCGCUAUCCCCAGCUCUAUGCGCUUUGCACCAAGGAGGGGCUGUGCCAAAGCCUGCAAAACUUGCCCUGGUUCGAGCAAGUCGACUUCAACACCUUUUUCCCCCGGUGCUACCGGCUGGGAAUAGAGGACGAGCAGGAAGCCUUCAUUGAGGAUUUCCGCCUGACAGCGGCUCGCAGCCUGCUCAAACUGGCCCUGCAGAAGGUCGGGGACAGGUCAGUGGGGACAGAGCAACCCCCAAAAUCUGACAAGGUGCCAGCAGGACCGUACUCCCCCCUGUAUCCCCAGCUGCUGGAGGAGGCCCUGGAGGUCUGUGAGCAGCAUCUGGGUGUCCUGGGGCACCAGGACAUCGACAGGAACACCCCGUCACCCUGCCGGUCAUGCAUUGACUGGGACCGCUUCCUGCAGGAAUACUACCGUGUGGCACAUGAGGGAACCAGGCUGAUGCUGAGCAGGGGGCAGCGGGAGCAGUGCCAGGACCUGCUGCAGCGCCUGGAGGAGCAGCUGCCGCAGCUUGGCAUAGAGGGCAACCUCAACAUCUGGAUCCUCAAGCCCAGUGCCAAAUCCCGUGGCAGGGGCAUCGUCUGCGCGACGCGGCUGGAGGAGGUGUUGGAGCUGACGCAGAGCUGCACGAGCCACUCAUUGAGGGUGUGUGAGUGGGUGGUGCAGAAGUACGUGGAGAGGCCGCUGACGAUCUUCAACACCAAGUUCGACAUCCGUCAGUGGUUUGUGGUGACUGACUGGAAGCCACUGACUGUCUGGUUCUACCGAGAAUGCUACCUGCGCUUCUGCUCCCAGCCCUUCUCCCUGUGUCAUCUGGAGCCCGCCAGGCACCUCUGCAACGUCUCCAUCCAGAAGCGGUAUAAAACAUUACAGCAAGACCCCCGUGUGCCCCCCGACAAGAUCUGGUCCAACAAGCAGUUUCAGGCACACCUGGCACAGAUGGGGCAGGCAGAUGCUUGGCAGCAGGUGAUGGUGCCUGGCAUGAAGGCGGCGAUCCUGAACGCCCUGCGCUGUGCUCGGGACCAGGUGGGCUCCCGCAAGGGCAGUUUUGAGCUCUUCGGGGCUGACUUUCUCAUCGGGGAAGAUUUCCGGCCCUGGCUGCUGGAGGUCAACUCCUGCCCCACCAUGAGCCCUUCCUCGGCGGUGACGCGCCAGCUCUGCGCCAACGUCCAGCGGGACACACUGCGCCUCGUGCUUGACCGCAAGGACGACCCGAGGUGUUCCAUCGGUGCCUUUGAGCUCCUCUACAGGGAGGCAACCGUGGCCUCAUGUCUGAGUGUGGGGCUGAAGCUGCUGGUCACAGGCUGUUCCCUGAAGAAGGCCUCGCCGGCAAAGUAUGGAUCCCAGAACAAGCUCCCCACCACUCUACCCAAUGCUCUCCAACUCCCUGCACCCUCAGGGGACAGAGCCACCAAGGUCCCCUGGUCCAGAGCAGCACGGGAAAAGCUGCCUUCUCGGGGGCUGCAGAGCAGCUGCUGCCCGCUGACGCCUGACCCUCCAGCACUGCCACAGGCCCUGGACUGCUCUGCUGGGAGCCAGGAGCUGCCAUGGCUUCUUCACCUGGUUGGGCAGUCCGAGGAAGCUCAGCCCCCGACCAGUAGCUGUCCCAUAGACAGAGUGCCUGGACCACCAACCCAGGGAGCCCCCAGAAGCCACUCACGACUCCCAAGCUACUCUGCUAGAGAUCAGGAUCUGCCAUGGCUCCUUCACCUGGUGGUCAGGCAGCCCGAGGAAGCUCAGCCCCAGACAGCUUCACCACCGAUCACCAGCUGUCCUCUGGACAGAGGGCCUUUGUCGCUGCCCCAGGGAGUGACCAGGAGUCCCCUCUGCCAAUCUCGGGGCAGUUCUGCUGGGAGCCAGGAGCUGCCAUGGCUCCUUCACCUGGUUGGGCAGCCCGAGAAUGCUCAGCCUCAGGAAGCUCACACCCAGGAAGCUCAGCCCAAGGCAACUCUGUCCCCACUUGAUAGCUGUCCCCUGGAUAGCACUGCGGACAGCGCCGGAGCCCGCGCCGGGACCGAGAAGCGCGAGGCGUCUGUCACCGCGGCAGACGGCAGCGGAGGCGGCCGUGAUGCAGCGCCCUGCGGCUCCGCGUCCCCCGCCCCGGGGCUGCCCCCCCGGACACGGGACUGGGAAGCAAUUCCCGACUGGCAAGCGGCGCUGCUCCCUGGUUCCAGGACAGGAACGCGGCCCCUCUCGCUGGAGAGGUGUUCGUGCGUGGAAGGCGAGGGAUUACAUAACGCCCAGCCCGCGGGGUGCCCGCGGGGCCGGGCACUGCCCGUAGGGACCACCGGCAGCCCCCCUGUGGCUUCCCCGCCGCUGCGCUCCGUGCCCCGGCACCGCUGCCCCGGGCGCCUCGGGCGCUGCAUGCCGCGGUUCCGGAGCCGCUGUGCCAUGACACGGCGGGGCUCAGCCCGGGCCGGCCCCCCCGCCCCGGUCUCCGCGCCGCGGAGCGGUGCGGAGCCGACGCCUUAUCUGAAGACGGGCGUGGGGGGGCGGAAACAGGGGCUGGUCUGCAGCGCUGACCGGGGAGUGACAGAGCAGCCCUUUAACCCAGACGCGUCUGCUUUUAGCCCUGGCCACAGCAUCUGCAAGGACAUGCCUGUCCCACACCCCCGAUUUGUCCUAGCUCUGGGCAUGGAGCAACUCCCCCAUUGA